UAAUCAUAAUGUAGAGGACUUCAUACCGUUGAAAAGGCAACACAAAAUAAAAUAAAAAUUGAAAAAAUAAUUAUAAACAAAACCAAAUGCAAAUUUGAAAAUUUCCACGUCCAAAGACACCUAUAUAAGGACCCUGCUCUCCAUCUUCCUUUCUCAUUCCUUCAUUUUGCUCCUCUCCUCUGAACUUUUGUGCUUGUUUACUUCACCCAGAAAAGGGCCAUGGCACAUACAUUUCAGGCCGCACAGACUCUUGCCAUUGUCAUUCUCUUUCUCUUCAGCAAUGCCGUCGUAGAGGACAUACUCUUCCAUGAUGAGAGCCUCAACACAGGAGAGUUUCUUGAAAACGGGCCCUACCGGUUUAUAAUGCAGGCUGACUGCAACCUGGUGUUGUAUGUGAAUGGCACGAGGGCGCUUUGGUCUUCUAGGACGAAUGGAAGGGGCACAUCUUGCCGUGCUACACUGCAGAACAAUGGCAACCUGGUCGUGUUGUCGGGGACGGAUGUCGUGUGGACGAGCAACACGGCCGUUGGAGCAAAUAAUUAUCGUCUCAUUGUUCAAGGGGAUGGGAAUGUGGUGAUCUACGGCGGAGCUAUGUGGGCCACCAACACUGUACAGAGUAACAGACGGUUGCUUUGAGGACUUGCAAGUGAGCCCUUGUGUGAUGGAUGUAACACACAAGGGGGUAUGUUGUUGCACCGCGUUUUUCUGCUUAAUAACUUUGAAUUAGAGAUUAUCUUCUAAAGAGAGAUCAUGUGUUUUUUCAUUUGUCAUAAGAAAUAAAAUCAAUGUAAGUUUG